AUGUCAUAUGCCGUGACUUCGAAGAAACGAAAGUUUCACCGUGUUCUCGACUCUAUCUCCCUUGGAGCCUCCCAAAAAUCAACCUCACCACAAGCAUCUCCAGCGGGCAAUAAGCUAAUGUUGGGGGAAACGACGCAAAUAAACCCUUCUAUAAAGCGGGUUCGCUUGUCAGGAGGUAAUGAUUCUGAAGACUCACCCGUUAUUCCCUCAGGAAAGGCAAUUUCCCGACACUCUACCCCUUCAACGACAUCCUUACGGCCCAGCUUUGUACCUUGGGACCGCGAACGGUUUUUGGAACGGCUGGAAACAUUUCGCAACGUUGAGCGGUGGAAACCCCAGCCAGACGCUAUAAACGAAGUACAAUGGGCAAAAAGAGGAUGGUCGUGCGCCGAUAAGAACCGAGUCGAGUGCAUAGGCGGUUGUGGCCGGUCAGUUGUUGUUAAGUUGCCCGAUGAUAUAGAUGAGCUGGAGGAAUACGACAGUGAAAAGGUAGCAGACCGGAGAGACGUCCGAGCUCAAUUGGUCGUUAAAUAUCAGAAUUUAAUUGUCGAAGGGCACGCGGAAAAAUGCCCUUGGAGGAAAUCUGCCUGUGAUGAUUCAAUACAGCGUUUGCCAUUAACUAACGCAGAGACGGCAUUGCAGAAUCUCCAAUCACGAUAUGAAAACCUCUUAUCCGCCCGAAUUAAAUUUCCACCGAUGAAUACUCUUAUUCUGCCUGAGAAAUUUGAUAUAGAAUCUAUGCUGGCAUCCUUGCCACCCGGGAUUCUUGAUAAGAGCUCUGCAGAAACACAUGAAUCAGAAAAUACUGCGCCGAGCGGGGAAUUAACAGAUGGCACGGAAAAGGAGCUACUGACUGCUAAUAAAACGGCUUUUGCUCUUGCGUUUUUUGGAUGGGAUAUCUCUGGUGAAGCAAGCGCUGGCCUGGCAGGUUGUAAGGCAUGUUUCCGGCGACUAGGGUUAUGGAUGUAUGUACCCAAGGAAGACGGAAGUCCUCCUCUCUACUCUGAGUUGAGUAUAGUUGGUGAACAUCUGGACUAUUGCCCUUGGGUAAACCCUGAAUCCCAGAGCGGUAAAAAGUCAGGGCAAUGCGGGUGGGAAGCCCUUGGCCGUGUGGUGGAAAGCGAACAUCGACGGCAUACGUGGUCUAAAAAUAAGCCGCUACAAGCUGAACAGGCUUCCUUAAGCCAAACAGAACAUAUCGCUGAGCAAGUAGAUGAGGAAACCAGAAGGACCAAAGACAGGGAGUGGUGGGCGAAGCUUCGGCGCGUCCGCCAGAUUCUUCAACCAAAGGGAACCAAAAGAUGA